AUGCCCAGCAACAAGACCCCGAGGGACCCUCAAAACCCCAGGAGCCCCCAUGGACCCUCGAGGACCCCAAAACCCCUGGGAGCCCCUCGUGCGCGGGGAGGGGCGCGGUACCAGGUGGGCGUCACGACGGGCCCGCAGUGGGGGGGGGGCACCCUGGGCACCGUCACCCUGACCCUGGUGGGCACCCUCGGCCAGAGCCCCCCCUGCCACCUCUGCUGGCCCCGGCACCCCCUGCGGCCCGGAGCGACGCUGUGGGUGGAGCUGCCGUGUCCCCACGCCCUGGGUCCCCUCCUGCUGCUGCGGCUGCACAAGGAGCCCCUCGUGUCGCUCGUCCCCGACCGCUGGUUCUGCGCCCGCGUCACCGUCACGGGACCCCUGCGACACCGCGGGGGAGGGACACCCCACGGCCCGGGGAGGGGACACCCCACGGCCCGGGGGAGGGGACACCCCACGGCCACCUUCCACUGUCACCGCUGGCUGGAGAGCGGCGACCUGGAGAUCAGGGAGGGGACAGUUGCUGCAGCAGCGCCAGGAGGAGCGAAAGGAGCGACGGGAGACCUUCCAGUGGGCUCCCUACGCCCCGGGGUGGCCGUGGCACCUCCGGGCGCUGCCCCCCGCCCUGUGCCCGUGGCCCCGCCCACCCCCGGCCCCGACGAUGACGUCACCGACGAUGACGUCACCUCCGACAUCGCCCCCGGCGUCACCGACGACGACGUCACCGCCGGAAUCACCGACGACGUCACCGCCAUCGUCACCAACGAUGACGUCACCCCCAAGUACGUGGUGCGGCACUGGCAGGAGGACGCGUUUUUCGGGGAGCAGUUCCUGAGCGGGGUGAACCCCGUCCUGCUGCACCGCUGCCCCCGCCUGCCCCCCAACUUCCCCGUCACCCCCCGCAUGGUGGAGCCCGCCCUCGGCCCCCACACCUCCCUCCAGGCCGAGAUGGAGGGGGGCCGCGUGUUCUUGGCCGACUACGCCCUCCUGGAGGGGCUCCCCACGGGCAGCAUCGGGGGGGAACCGCAGUUCGCGGCAGCGCCGCUCUGCCUGCUCUGGCUCAGCCCCCGCGGGCUCCUCCUGCCCGUGGCCAUUCAGCCCCCGCAGGCACCUCCUGCCCGUGGCCAUUCAGCCCUGGCCAAGCUGUGGGUGCGGGGCUCGCAUUUCCUGCUGCACGAGAUGGUCACGCACCUCCUGCACGCUCAUUUCCUGCCCGAGGCCUUCAGCGUGGCCACCCACAGGCUGCCCGGGGCACACCCCGUGCACCAGCUGCUCCUCCCCCAUCUCCGCUUCACUUUCCACAUCAACAUCCUGGCCCGGGAGUCGCUGCUCAACCCCGGCGGCAUCAUCGACCAGGCCACGUCCAUCGGGCGGGAGGGCACGCUGGCCCUGGUGGCCCGGGGGACACUGAGGGUGUUGGCCACGUCCAUCGGGCGGGAGGGCACCCUGGCCCUGGUGGCCCGGGGGAUGUCGUCCCUGUCCUACGCCGAGCUCUGCGUCCCCGAUGACCUCGAGCGCCGCGGGGUCACCGACCUGCCCGGAUACCACUACGGGGACGACGCCCGCGACAUCUGGGGGGCCAUCCACAGCUACGUGGAGGGCAUCGUGGGGCUCUUCUACGGCGGGGACGGGGACGUGGCCGAGGACCCCGAGCUGCAGGACUGGGUGGGAGAGAUCUUCACCUACGGCGUGCUGGGGAACCCCAAAACUGGUUUCCCGUCCCGGCUCCGCAGCCGCGCCGAGCUCGUCAAGUUCCUGACCAUGAUCAUCUUCUGCUGCUCUGCCCGGCAUGCUGCCGUCAACAGCGGCCAG